UAAGGCACUGCUCCGCGCGCCAUCAUUCCCUCCGUCUCAUUCCACGCAUCGGCUAGUCUCUCGCUUAUUAACAGCCACCCCGCGUUGGUCCAACGAGGAAUGCGUGUGUGAGAAAUGGGCUUAUUUAUUAUUUUAUUUUUUCGCCUGGUGUGUUGCGGCUGCUGAGCGGAGAGGAUGAGCGCGCAGGCUUGAUGGUUUGUGAACUCACUCCACAGAUCGCAGGCAGGAGGCGGAUGUCGAGGAGCGGCGUGCUUCUGGGCUCGUUUGUCGAACAGUAAAAGUGACACUUCGUUAAUAUGGCGCAUUUUCACGCGGGCGUCCAGUCAUCAUCACGGAGUGAUGGACGCGUCGGGCAUGGCUCGCUCGUUUUUCCGAGUCGCUGCAAUUAGGGGAUAAACAUCAUGUCCAAAACGCAUGGAGGAACCUUGUGAGAUAAGCAACUCGACUCCUAAAUGGCAGAACUUGAAGUUUGCAGAAAUCUCAGUUUGGAGAAGGUGGAGCGAUGCAUGAGUGUGAUGCAGUCCGGGACGCAGAUGGUGAAGCUGAAGGCGGGAUCCAAAGGACUGGUGAGACUUUUCUACCUGGAUGAUCAUCGCUCCUGCAUCCGCUGGAAACCCUCGCGGAAGAGUGAGAAGGCCAAGAUCACCAUAGAUUCACUCUACAAAGUAACAGAGGGCAGUCAAUCAGACAUCUUCCAUCGGCAUGCAGACGGCAGCUUCGACCCGGCCUGCUGUUUCACGGUGUACCACGGAAACCACAUGGAGUCCCUCGAUCUGGUGACCUCCAACGCAGAGGAGGCCCGGACCUGGAUAACCGGCCUCCGCUACCUGAUGGCCGGCAUCAGUGACGAGGACUCGCUGGCGAGGCGACAGCGGACACACGACCAGUGGCUGAAGCAGACCUUCGAGGAGGCCGACAAGAACGGAGACGGUCUCCUGAACAUCGAAGAGGUCUACCAACUUCUCCACAAGCUGAAUGUCAAUCUGCCACGCAGGAAGGUCAAACAAAUGUUUCAGGAAGCGGACACGGACGAUCAGCAGGGCACGCUGACGUACGAGGAGUUCUCCGUCUUCUACAAGAUGAUGUCUCUGAGACGAGACCUGUUCCUGCUGAUGAUGGCGUACAGCGACAGGAAGGAUCACCUGACAGCAGAGGAGCUGGCCAACCUCCUGCGCAAUGAGCAGAAGAUGACCAAUGUGGCUCCAGAGUAUGUUGCAGAAAUCAUUGACAAGUUUGAGAUGUCCGAUGAAAAUAAGCAGAGCGGAGUCUUGGGAAUUGACGGCUUUACAAGCUUCAUGCGCAGUCCCACAUGUGAUAUUUUCAACCCUUUGCACCACGAGGUGAAUCAAGACAUGGAGCAACCUCUGUGUAACUACUUCAUCGCUUCCAGUCACAACACAUACCUGACUGGGGACCAGCUACUCUCCCACUCUAAGGUCGACAUGUACGCCUGGGUGCUGCAGUCGGGAUGCCGCUGUGUAGAAGUGGACUGUUGGGAUGGUCCUGAUGGAGAGCCGAUGGUCCAACACGGCUACACUCUGACCUCCAAGAUACCUUUCAAGUCUGUCAUAGAGACCAUCAAUAAAUAUGCCUUCAUAAAUAACCAAUACCCAGUCAUUUUGUCCAUAGAGAACCACUGUAGCAUCCAGCAGCAAAAGAAAAUUGCUCAGUACCUGCGAGAAAUCUUUGGAGACAAACUGGAUGUGAGAGAUGCACUGAGCAGAGAUUCAAAGACGCUGCCCAGUCCUCAAAGCCUGCAGGGCAAGAUACUCAUCAAAGGGAAGAGUCUACCUGCCUAUCUCUCGGCGGACGCCGAGGAAGGGGAAGUGUCGGAUGAUGACAGCGCUGAUGAAAUCGAGGAUGACUUCAAGCUGAAGAGCAGUAAUGACAAUGGUCAUCACCAGGUAGAAUCUCACAUCAGAAAGAAACUGGACUCUCUAUUGAAGGAGUCUCGCAUCGGGGACAAGGAAGACACAGACAGUUUCAGCAUCCGAGCCCUGCUCAGGGCUACUCACCAGGGCCUUCAGAAGAACCUGCGUCAGAGCUCCAAGGGGGUUCUGAAGAAAUCCCAAAGCAGAUCCUUCAUUACAACGCUAAAACAAAAGAGGCACUCCAAAUCCAGGCUGCCAUGCCAAAGCACGGACAAGGAGGAGGAAAUUCAGGAGGUGUCUGGGCGGGAGGCCGGAGGACAGUUCAACAGGGGGGGAAGGAAGAGGAAGACGAUGAAACUGAGUAGAGAUCUGUCAAACCUCGUGGUGUUCACCAACUCCGUUGCCUCUCAGGAGUGCCUGAAUGAAGGUACUCCAGGGGACGUUCUUUCGUUCAGUGAGACCAGAGCCCAGUCUCUGGUCAAUCACAGAGCGGAUCAAUUCCUGGCUUUUAACCAGAGGCAGUUGUCACGGAUUUAUCCCUCAGCCUAUCGUAUCGACUCAUCCAAUUUCAACCCCCAGUUCUACUGGAACGUGGGAUGUCAGUUGGUUGCUCUGAACUACCAGACAGAGGGCAGGAUGAUGCAGCUCAACAGAGCCAAGUUCAUGGUGAACGGAGGUAUUGGUUACGUCCUCAAGCCCCCUCCCAUGUGUAAAGGUUCCUUCAACCCAUUUAGUGACGACCCGCUUCCGGCUUAUCCCAAGAAACAACUCAUUCUCAAGAUCAUUAGUGGACAGCAGUUGCCCAAACCACCAGACUCCAUGCUGGGGGACCGUGGAGAGAUUAUUGAUCCAUUUGUCGAAGUGGAGAUCAUCGGCCUGCCUGUUGACUGCUGCAAGGAACAGACCCGAGUUGUUGACGACAACGGUUUUAAUCCAGUAUGGGAGGAGACUCUGUCCUUUACACUUCACAUGGCUGAGGUGGUUUUGGUGCGUUUUCUUGUCUGGGACCACGACCCAAUUGGAAGAGACUUUAUUGGACAACGAACUGUUGCCUUCACCAGCCUGAUGCCUGGCUACAGACAUGUUUACUUGGAGGGGCGCACUGAGGCUUCCAUCUUUGUGCACGUGUCAGUACAUGAUGUAUAUGGAAAGUGGAGCCCUCUAGUCCUGAACCCCAGCUUUACCAUAAUGCACUUUCUAGGAUCUAACAAGGGUCAUCAGCUGCGAGGUAUUCGGGGUUUGUUUAACCGUUCUUCCAAGUCUUCUGUGGAUACCAACUCCGGUGGCCUUCGGAAACGCUCAAUCAGUGAUCACCUCCUGCGCCGCACAGCCAGUGCCCCGGCAAAGGGUCGGAAGAAGACCAAGAUGGUGCUGUCGGAGUCCGUGACUUCAAUAUCGGACCAAAAGAAUGGUGCAAGAGCCGAAGGCACGUCAGGGAAGGAAGUAGGCGUGGAGAAACCUUGCGAGCCGCGAGGGCCCCUCAUCCACAGACCCAUCUCAAUGCCCUUGGACAAACUUCUGCAAGGACAGCUAUCGCUCUGCUCCGCAGACCAGGAACAACGCGAUAAGGGCCUAGACACAGUCAUCGGAGCUUGUCCCUUCGACAGACCCAGAUCUUCCUCUUUGGACCCUUUCAUCGAAUCCUCAUUUUCUAUUGAACCAAACAUAACUUCCCCUUCUAAGAAAUACAGCAAUAGAAAAAAUGGCGUUGACCAAUCAGAGGAGGCUUCUUAUCUGGUUAUUGGUGGAGGAGAAGUGAGAAAGGAAGAGGAUUAUGCCAAUUACCAGUCAGAAAACAACAGUGUCAAAUCCAAGACAGGAGCACAGAAAAAGUGUUUGAUCUCGCCUUCCACGAACAGCCAAAAGAGAUCAGAUGAACCGGAAAUGUCAUCAAACAGCCGAACAUUCACAGUUGCACCUUCGAUCUCGUCAUCGUCAUCCUCUGCCCCCUCCUCUUUGCCCCCUCUUUCCCCCAUCAGUAGGGACUAUGAUCUGAGGAGUCCAAGUUCUUUGCAUGACCGCACUAUCUCCAGACUCAUUGACGCUGUGUCUUUGGGCAAUGAGCAAGACACAUGUGGCUCUAUUUCUGCACUUAUUGGUCAGUUUGAAAGCACCGUUGAACAAAACCAAUCACCCUCGUUAUCUCAUGAUCACCUCCCCUACCGUCAUCCAAACUGCAGGACUACCACUCCCACCACACGGCAAGAUUUAAGGUCACCUCUGAAGACCAUCACCGCAUCUAACAAGAAUCCGUUAAGUCCCCAAAAAGUAGCUGGAAAAAAAAAUCAUGACAUCCAAUCACCGUACAAGGUUUCCCAGGCAAGAUCAUCUGCUCCAGCUCUCAUUUCCAGCCCAGAAACCGCUGAGCUCGAGGAGGUCUACACCAUUCUCGAUGAGGAGGUGCUGUUGCCUGUAUCAGGAUGCAACCUGAGGAAGCAGACGGCCCCUGUUCAGAUAGACACUAGGGGGAGCACACCCUUAAAAAGCUCAGGGUCCUCUCAAGCAAAGGUGGUCCAGAGUUUAGGGAAGGUGCACAAUCUGGGCUGGGAUGACUUCACCAGAAAGAGGGGUGGGAGUGAAGAAAGUGAGGAGGCAGAGGAGAGUAUUUACGAAGAAGUGUAUGAUCCACCAGCACUAGCGUCUGUACCAGGAAACAAGCAAAGUACUUCUAAAAGGUACACAGGCUCCUCUGCAGACACCAACUGUUUCCAGUUUCUCCAUGACGCUGGAAAUGCAGAAGUUGAGAUAAAUGUCGAUGAGGAUCCAUUGGAGAUGAUGAUGGCCUCGCAGAGUCCAGCCAAACGCCACGCCAUUUACCAAAACCACGAGUCCACUCUCAACAAAUCCCAACAAAGUCAACUUUUGUCAUACCAUCAUCCUCAACAGCAGUCCCCAUCACAUGCAUUUCCACAGCGUCUCACUCCAGUGAAUCAACCUUCCUAUUUGCUGACCAAUCACCUCCAUCAUCAGAACUCCCCUUCUUCCUUCCCCAGACCCGUCCACUCCAAACCUUCCCACCCUAGUCCACUGCGUCAGAUGAGCUACCCCAAUCCUCAGAAGAAUUUGGAUGCCUUAAAGAACAGCGGAGACUUAAAGGAUUCCUACACACAACGGAGGAGCUAUAGUGGCAGCCAGAUCUUAAACAUCUCCCAUCAGGACAGGCUCGGGUAUAAACAGAUGGAGAUGGAGCAAGGAAGGUCCUUCUGUAAUGAAAAAAGGCUUCCUGGCCAAACUGCUGCGUCUUCAAACAUUGGUAGAGAGAGAGGCCUUUAUCCUCCUCAUUCUGCCUGCGAUGCUGUGUACAGCCAGCUGGACUACGACUGCAUUCCGGCCCCAUCAGAGUCUCCAGCUCCUCUAAACAGCCUGCCACACGGUCAAAGUCAAACACAAGCACACACCCCGACCCAUUCCUGGAUCCAAAACGUUUCAGUCGUCGCUACGAGACACCAGGCGCACCCUAAAUCCGGAGACUCUCUCCACUCAAAUGUAGGCCCUAUAUCGACCCGACCCCAGUUUGUUACCAUGGACCCCUCCGCCCACAGCCCAUGUAAGUCUAAGUCCCUGGGAGACCUGACCUCUGAAGACAUAUCCUGCAACUUCCAGAGCAAAUACCACAUAAUAAGUCGCAGUUUCAUCACUCCCCACAUGAGGAAGCAAAAGAGGAUGGUCACUAUGGGGGAAGUAACAUUCCAAUCACAGACUUGUGAUCCACUUACAGAACAACUGCGAAAGCUGGUCAGUCUCGAGGGGGACGACAGUGACGGAGAUGGACCCGAGCCUCCUCCGCUGUGUCAGGAAGCCAGAACCCCAGUGCCACAGCCACAGGUAACAAGUGUAGCGUCCGCCGUUCCCAGAGAUGUAGAUGAUUCCCCGCCACUCCUCACCCGGCGCCUGUCUUCUCGGAGCCAAAGCCGCGUGCGUCACAUCAACAGCCGCGCUCGUGAAAAACUGCAGGAGGCUUUAAAGCCUCGUUCAGGUGUGAUGGAUAGCACCGGCAGCGUUGGUGGCGUGGUGUUGAGGAAUAAACCAGCCUCACAAAACCCCCCAGCAAACAGACACUCGACUGGUUCUUACAUAGCAGGGUACCUGGGUCAGCUGGAAGACAGGGGGCUUCCUGAGGGGGCUUGUACAUCAUUGCGUCAUGGAAAUGGGGAUCUCUAUGGAGAUCACUUCUACACAGAUGACUCUCUUCCACCUGCUGACUCCAACCAUUCUGCGUCAGAGCCAGAGGUCUACUUUCUGCUCAGACUGUAGCUUUGACUAUAACCCAAAAUGAGAUACACGAUCAAGCUGUGAUUCUUGAUGAUGUUCAAUUACACGAAAAGCCAGAAAAUUAAGAAAAUAAAAACACUCUCACAUGUUUUUUCCCCAUGUUUAAUGACCGGUAAUCCGGUAAUCAUGGCAGUUAAAUACAUGUUAUUCUGGGCUACUUCUAGAGAAAGAUAUAAUCUAUACAAUGUAUGUGAAGCAUCACAUGUAAUCCAUAGCUGGAUCUGACAGCAUGAAUUUCUUGUAUGAAAUGUCUCUAUUCAAGUGAAUGGUCUAUUUAGUCUGGCAGUGCAUUGUCUGUAUUCUCCUUAAAUGUCUAAAUGUACUUGGGAACUUCAAUUCCCUUCAAUGGCUUCCUAGACUGAUUGUACAGAUAUCUGUAAUCUUUGUCCCUGUGAUGUACUUUCCAAAUUGCUAACAUUGACGAUGAAGCAAGAAAAAAAAAAGAAGAACUGUGUUUUAAGCUUAGAGGGAAUGUCUUUCUUUGUGUCAUUUGAAUGUGUAGUAUAAUCAGAUACUUUAAAUAGAUGGGGUUCAUCUUUUCAAAGAUACAAAUGGAAGUCUUCCUUUUCUGUUCAUGGUAUUUCUUUAUGUGUGACUAGUGUAAAUAUACCGGUCAUUGUUUUCAAUUUGAGAUGGGGUUUAGUUAAAAACCAAUUCUAACUGUAAAGUUUGUGCAUGUUACCAAUGAACAUGUCAAGCAUGACUAUGCACCAAUUUGUAGAAUAGAUGUUGCAUCACCUAACAAGAUUUUGCACAGAACAAAUCGCUGCAUUGGAUACAACAGAGGACGGAGACUAGUUUGUAUUAGGUGCAAUACAUUACAUUAACCUGUUGGCCUUUAUUAUUUGUAGAAUUCGAAAUCAUGAUUGAAAAUUUGGGAGUUGGAAGGUUUUAUUUUUAUAAAUGCUUUGAUACAGACUGCGAAAAUAAUCUCUUAUUGGUAGCGGUUGUUUUAUUUUGUAUAAUUAAUGGAAAGAAAAAAAAACACGUUAACAAUUACACAGGGUCAGUCUGAGGAGGGAAUGGUGGCAAAGCAGCAGUUUGUUUUUUAUUGUAAGUGUUAGUCGUCCUAUUUGCUUUGUAUUGUUGCUCAAUGGCAAACUGAGCAUUUUCCUACCAAUGCAAUAAAAUAUUUGAUUUCAACAAA